AUGGCGUUUUCAGCACGCCACGGAAGCCUCAGUCGCCCUGAGUGGUCGUCCAAAGCCUUGACUUUACGAGGGAAAACCUUGGCCGCGGUGCGAGAAAGCCUGAGUGUUCCGGGAGAUAUGAUGGGCUACGCUCUGCGUAACUCAAGAAUUCCCCUGGCUAUGAUGUUCCUCUGCAUGUAUGAAAUCUUUGACAGUUGCGACCAUCGGUGGGUCAUCCAUCUCAGAGCUUGCCAGGACUUUCUCCAUCGGAGAAGGCUUCUUCUCACCACUGCCAUCCACGAAACAGACGAAGAGCGGAAUCAUGUAUCUCUGGUAGGACGGUUCUUCGCCUUCCAAGACGCGAUUAGCCGUACUGCGUGUGGGAACCCGUCAGUAUUCAGCUGGGAGUACUGGCAACAGGCUGAUCUUGACGGGACCGAUUAUCUGUUUGGGCGCAGCACAAAAUCGGCCGCCAUUUUGUUCAAGACCACUGAACUUGGACGAAUGAAAGAUUCUUUAUCUCCGGAAGAUUUCGAAACACGUUUGUUCAUUUUGGACCAUGAGAUCGCGUCUCUCGAUGCCGUCGACACUGAAGACUAUUUAGCCAAAGAGUCGACGAAGCUCUACCAAAACUGCCUACUCCGCAACGCCACGCCCUCCACACCCAUCGUGCAAGAGCUCGUCGACAAACUCUUGAAACAACUCUACACUCUUGUGCAGGAAACUCGCUGUAUAUCGAGCAGUCUCGCUUUCCCUCUCUUCAUCAGUGCAGUUGAGCUCGACCCUCUCAAUUGCGAGGCAUUUCUCAUAGACAAGACCACAGGGGAGCCGAAAUCAGGCCGCUCUAUUGUGUUGGACAUAUUGAAAACGAUGUCGGGGUCUUGUCUAUUCAAUGUUGGGCGACUGGGCGAUGUGAUACGUCAGGUUUGGGUGAAUCGGGACCUGCAUCUGGAGACUGGCGCAACUUCGGCGGCUGGAUCUGCCAUCGGGUUGAAUGAUUGGACAGUGUGCGUGAGUCCUUAUUGUACCAAUCUUAGUCUUGCGUGA